ACUGCAAAACGCUUUAUGAUGUUCGUUUUGGAUUGUGUCAUGUCUCAGCCAGCAGUAUUACAGCUGCACCAAGAAGUUAGAAAAUGCUUUGAGAGUGUUAAGGUGAAUCAGGCUGUUUGGAAGGAGGUGCUUGAAGAAUGUACACCUUUAAUGAGUUCCUUGGGGAACCUGAUAGAACAGCUGAGGGCGCUGAAGAACGUUGAAAUAGCAAAUACACCUCUCAGUGCUUUUCCAAACCUCCCAGAGCGCCUACAGUACAAACUCCUGAAUGCUGUAGAUACAGUCCUGAGGGAAUUAAGUACGAAAGUGGAUGCUCUCGGCUCAGUAAAAGAUUCAGUCUGUAAGCAGGUGUCUGCAGUUUUCAGGAUUUAUGAACACAACUCAGACGUCCUUCCUAUCAGAACAUGUGUGGCAAGAUCUGCUCUGUCACCAUCGAUCGCUGACAUGCUGGAGUGGCUGCAGGAUGCGGAACGAUUUUAUCGGAUCCAAUACAUUCAAAGGAGGAACCUGCUCCAGGAGCUGAAGCCUGGCGAUCUUGCUCUUAUAGAGACAGUACAGAAGAAAUGGACAUCUUUAUAUUCACAUAAAGGAGAGGAACAAAUUUCAGAUGCACUCUUUCAAGUGUCCUUCUUCGUAGACUCUGAGUAAGCAAUGCCUCAAUCUGUGGAUUUCUUCUCUUCCUCAGAUAUAUAAUCCACUGUCACUCUGAGUCAUAAUUACCAGAUAGAAACUCUGUAACCCAAGUUGGUGUAUAGCGUCUGGAGCUUAUCCGCUCCUAUUACAACUGUUGCAUAAACUUGCUCUUAGUAGUUUACAGAAAUCAUAGUUUUUUUCUUGUGAAAAAUUCCCAAUAGGAGCAUCACAGCAUCCUCAGUCAAUUCUGUAUUUCUAGAAGUACACAGUGAUGAUUGAGGAUUUUGUUUCAUCCAUUUUUACAGCUGUAGUCAUUUUUUGAUGUUGUGGACUUUUAGAUACUAUAAUACUUUUUAAUCCCAUCAUAUGUAUACUUUACUUCCAUGUAAUCAACACACACUUUUCAAUGUUUUUAAUGAAUGAAUUAAAAAAUACUUUAGUCAGAUGAUAACUGAUUAAUUGAAUAAUGACCUCUAACUGUGUUUUGUUUACAUCAUGGACAAGGUGUUUAGUUUCAAACCAUUACAUUUUAUUUUCGAAGCACACAUUUCACAAACACUGGAAUCAUUUAAAAUUUCAAAAAUGUGCAGAGACAAAUUGUAGGAAUUUUCUUUUACAAUCAUCAACAAAAUCAAAUUCAACAUUUCAACAAUUAAUUUAAUAAAUAAGAAGUACAUUUCUGUAGUACAGUUACAACUGCACCCCCAAUGAGUAGUGAAAAGUAGAAAAGCAGUACAAUUAUUCAAAGCCACAACUCAAACUACAGGAGAAUUAUUCAGCCGGGUCUCCACACUUGGAGAUUCCCCCAUGUGUAUUUUACAUGACUGACCCUGAUGUAUCUCCAUUUAAGUCUUAUGGAAAUGCUAUCACUUGCCUUCCACCUUAGACAUACUCCUUAAGGGGCACACUGUUGGUGGUGAUGGGUUUUGGGGGAUCCAGCGGGGACGGCCUAGAAUUAGCAAAGCUGCGGCCCAUGUAGCCACGUCUGUAGUGUCCGUUCUCGAUGUAGGAGCAGGUGGAGCUCAGCACGAUGCCGCUGAUGAUGAGAAUGACUGCGGCUGCCCAGCCCAGAUAGAUGGCUUGGCCCAGCUCACGCUUCUUCUGGAUAGGAACGUUGGGGUUAUAGAAGUCCUGCACCACUGUGUUGGCUGUCCAGGACACGGGGAUGAGUACACACAGGCCUGUUAGGAUGAAGAGCACCCCGCCGGACAGCGCUAUGCCAGCCUUGGCAUGGCGAUCAUCCCCGGCGCAAGUGGUGCACUUCAUUCCACAACAGGACACCGUGCAGGACAGCCAGCCCAGGAAGAUGGCCACGCACAUGAGGGCACGGGCUGCCUGGAUGUCUGGCGGAAGCGCUAGCAAGGAGUCAUAAGUCUUGCAUUGCAUGUGCCCAGUGGUCUGGUAGAUGCAGUUCAUCCAGAUGCCCUGCCACACGAUCUCCGAGGUCAGGAUGUUGGGCCCAAUGAAAGCUGUAACCUUCCACUGGGGCAGUGCGGUCACUGCGAUAGCCAUCACCCAGCCAGUAACAGCGCAGGUGAAGCUGAUCAGCUGCAUACCUGUAUUCACCAUGAUGCCGCUGUCUCUGUACCACCCGUCGGGCCACAACCGGGACGACACUUUUUCUAUUGCUGCAGGUCCUGUUAAGGGCUACUUGUUUUAUUCCUCGUUACUCCCUCCUCAAACUGCUCGUCAGGUUACACUUUCUUUGUCCUGUUCGCCUUUCAGUUUUUCUGCAGUAAGUUCCUUCAGAAGAGUUAAUACUUCAUCCAAAUCCCACACAGCAACUUUUCAUAUGCUUUUUUUUCCAAGACUUUGUUGGAAUUCUCUUUCAGUUCCUUACCAUGCCAACUUUCUCCCUCUUUCUUUGAUGCGAUAAAUUAUUAAGAAACAAACCAGCGCUAUUGUUUGUCACAAGUCAGCUGUGGAGGACUCGGUCAACAAGGUACCUAGAGAACCAAAGUUAUCAUCACUAUAUGGAGCAAGGCAUGUGUUCUUUAAAAAAAAAAAAAAAAAAGAUCCAGCUUGUCAGUGGAACAAUGUUACUCUCCUGGUUUGGUGUUGCCUUACUCAGAUGGGUCGGGUAGAGUCAAUCUGAUACCACACGGAAGAACGAUUGAAGAUGGAUUUCAUCCAAGUGACCAUCUAAUCUUCUCAAAAACCAAGCUUACAAAUUAAAACAUACAAUCUUGAAAUCAGUUAUAAGUUAUUGCAGAGUCCACACAGAUCAGGCUGAAGAUGUUCCAAUGUUAAGCGAUGAAAUGGUAGAAAACGUUUGCCCACACAGCCUGGAAAUGUCUCGGAUAUCCGCGUGUGGAGAAGUAGAUGUCUUUCCAGUCACUCCGUCUUUUGUGGGGAUCCACUUGUGCUGAAGUGUUAUUGUCGAGAGAAGCAGGAAUACGCAGCCAGGACGAGGGCUCCAGGCCACUUGAGGAAAGACAAAGACUAGGUGCUACUUUUCUGGACAAAAUGGUGGCGAUCUAAUCGUCUACUUAACAGCCUUAAAGGUGUUCAGCAUGCCGGUUGCUGCCAUCUCAGAAAAAAAAGCAUUGGCCAACACCACGCUGUUCUUGAGAAGCAAAUGUGCUAGUGAGAGGCAGAGAAACCGGAGAGGGAGGGAGAGCACAUGGUCUGUAAAUGGAUCAAUUAACACACUGGGGCAAUAGAAAUAUCAGUCAUAUUACUGAGUGUUGUGUGAAGAAAAAAAAUAAAUAUUUACAAAAAUCACAUUUUGUUGGUGAUGAAAUUGCAGAAAUUGGUUAAUCUUUGUUUUGAAGGUUUUCAUAAGAGAAUGUGAUAGAAGAGGAUGUGGCUUGAACAAAAAUAUAAAACCCAGCAAUUUCUAGUAACAUUGUUUUAAGUGUAUUGUUAUUUCCAUUUAAACCAUGUGUUUAAUGUAGAUUUUUUGAAAACAACUAAAGUUUAGCUAAUAUAAAUGUUUAAUUUUUGAGACAUUUCUGUUAAUACUCAAAUACCUUUGUGCUGUUAUCCGAUGUUUUUUAAAGUACACAAUAUAGUUUCCAUGGACACUUUACAAAUAAUAAUGAACAUCUGUAAUAGAACACGUUAAUGUCAUCACUACAUACAAAUUCUCUAAUUUCUUCCACUAUUUUGUCUAUUGCACCCCCCAAAACUCAGUUGUAUGUUCUCAGUUUCCCCCCAUGUAAAUAUCAGUGUCUCAGUUACUGAAUUAAACAUCACGGAUACAAGA